CCGCCCCCGCGAGGAAUGUCAGUUGCUCGCAAGCCACACAGUGUUUGUGCACUGGCGCCAGGCCCGUCUAGCGCUGCCCCGCACGCUGCGUUUUCAGUCCUGCUCCAGGCUGGAUGCAAAAACGGACAGUUCGUUGUUGGUUUGCUGAAGAGCAGGUCCCUCAAGUUCCCGUCGGACCUGGAGGAGCUGCGAGAGCUUGCUGAGUUUCUACAGGAUUAUAAGCAAGAGCACCAGAACUACGUGCUGCUGCUGUUCUGCGCUGCCUACCUCUACAAGCAGUCCUUCGCCAUCCCCGGCUCCAGCUUCCUGAACAUCCUCGCUGGAGCUCUGUUUGGACCAUGGACGGGGCUGCUGCUGUGCUCUGCUUUGACGUCGGUGGGCGCCACCUGCUGUUACCUGCUCUCCGCGUCCUUUGGGAAACAGUUCGUGGUCUGCUGGUUUCCUGAGAGAGUGGCCAUGCUGCAAAAGAAGGUGGAGCAGAACAGGAGCAGCUUGUUUUUCUUCUUGUUGUUUCUGAGACUUUUCCCCAUGACCCCCAACUGGUUUCUGAACCUGGCGUCUCCGAUCCUGAACAUCCCAGUUUCUCAGUUCUUCUUCUCCGUCCUUCUUGGUCUGAUCCCCUAUAACUUCAUCUGUGUGCAGACGGGCGCCAUCCUCUCGCAGAUCACCUCCCUGGAUGCCCUGUGGUCCUGGGGCACCUUGCUGCAGCUGCUGGCCAUGGCCGUGGCGGCCUUGCUCCCGGGGACCCUGAUUAAGAAAUUCAGCCGGACACACCUGAAACUGGACGCAAAGGCCCAGGGCGUUGGCCUGCGCAACGGCAGCAAGAGCACGUGACGGGCGGGGGCGCAGCUGCUCCCAGCUA